UUGUUUGUAGAUUAAAUGUCUUUAAAGUCUCUGGGCUUUCUUCAUAUAUGGGGUGUAGAAUAUGAUGGAAAGGUGAGUUUGUUCUGUCUGUUGGGUACGUAGCUCUUUAAUUUGGGCAUAUUCCAAGUUGCCUUUUCCUUUGUUUUUCUCAGACUAAGGUUGCUUUUUCUUUUGAAUUUGGUGUGUUUCUUUGGGGAAAGCUAGCAGUAGUUCUCCCAGCUUUAAUUAAGUAUAGGUCGACACCCUUAAUCCCUGUCUUUCUUGUUUGUGUGUUUGUCUUACUUGUUUGUGUGUUUGUGAGAAUUAGACUAAAACUAUUCAGAUCAGAACGAUAAAAAAAAUGGCAUUAGAAGCUGUAAUUUACCCACGAGGUCCAUUUAGUUAUGGCUGCAAGGACUUUUACUACUUGGGAGGAGGAGCAGGAACUUGGGGCUGCAUCGAUGAUCUUGCUUUCCAAGAAGAUGAUGACAAAACCCUUCUUGGCUUUCUCGAUCACAACAACAUAGAGCAAGGCUUCCAAUCAAAUUGGGAUUCCGAAUCUCCUUCUGUGAUGCAAAAUGUCAAGGAGUGGGAUCCGAAUUCUUCCCCUGAGGCCUGCACAGAUGAUCAGUCACUCACAGGAAUAAGAAGUCCACCUCCGAGGGAAGUCCCGGCGCCGGCUGCGGGAACCACGACAUCUCGGCGCAAGAGAAAGCGCACCAAGAACAGCAAGAACAUGGAGGAGAUUGAGAAUCAGAGGAUGACCCACAUUGCUGUUGAGCGCAAUCGCCGUAAACAGAUGAAUGAAUAUCUUGCUGUGCUGCGGUCCUUGAUGCCACCUUCUUAUGUCCAAAGGGGUGACCAAGCAUCCAUAGUAGGAGGAGCAAUCAAUUUUGUAAAGGAAUUGGAGCAGCUGCUGCAGUCCAAGGAGGCACAUCAGAGGAGAAAGCAGCAAGAACCAGAAUCUUGCUUUCCUUCAUCACAACCUUUCGCACAGUUCUUCAUCUUCCCACAAUACUCGAGACGAGCAGCACAGUGCAGCAACACAUCUGCUGCAGAAAACGAAUCCAUGGCUCAGAAUCAGUGGGCUGCUGCUGCUGCGGAGGCAGACAUAGAAGUAACCAUGGUGGAGAGCCAUGCCAACAUCAAGAUACUCUCAAAAAAACAUCCCAGACAGCUCUUGAAAAUGGUGGCUGGAUUUCAAACUCUGGGGCUCACUAUUCUCCACCUUAAUGUCACCACUGUAGAUCAAAUGGUGCUUUAUUCUGUAAGCGUCAAGGUUGAGGAAGGGUGCCAGUUGAAUACGGUGGAUGAAAUAGCAGCUGCUGUUAAUCAAAUGCUACGAAGAAUUCAAGAAGAAGCUGCUUUCACCUGAAACCAGAAAACACUGUUUUUUUCUGGCUUUUUUGUUUAUUUAUAAUUUUACUUUUGUAAUUGGGGUUCUCUCCCUUCAGAAUGAAUUGACUCAAAUCUUAUUUUAUUUA